AUGAAUUUGCUCGAAAUUGCCCCUCAUACCGAGGACAUCGGGGCCAGUCUCAUCAAGUUCAUAAAGCCGGUGCCAGCGCAUUCCGUGAAUCUUGCGACUGUGGUUUCCGAAUUUUUUUCUAUCAGUGCGUCUCUCAGGAUACUGGCGAACUUCCAAGCUUCGGCGAUCCAUCGACCCCGUUUCAUCCUAAUCAACGAUGAUCUUCAACUCGUGUACGCUAGCCUUCGCCAUACACUGCGGGAUAUCUACGAUGCUUUGAAUCGGAUGACUGCGGCCGCGAGAGGCCUGGAUGUCUCGCAGUCCUAUCCGCAGACAUGGUCCUUACUGUGGGAUUUCUUCUUUUACCAGUCCGGGUAUACGCUACCACUGCGGCUUCAAUAUUACAAGCAGAUGUUGGAAGGGAUGAAAUUCAUUUUUUGCGCGAGUGCUAAUGCCCUGGCUAAUAUCAACAACAGUCAUAGUGAGAAAAUAGAUGUAGCGUCGAUGGCGAGGAUGCGUCAAGCCAUCUCCGACCUACGUGCAAUUCAGGACCAGCGCUACAAUGACAGCAUAGCUAAUCAGCAGCGACAACAACAGCAGCAACAGCAACAACAACAGCGACGACAGCAACAGCACCCGGUACCUCCCGCCCCUCAAAUGCCUGGUGCUUACUUCUCCGCAGCCGAACAACCUCCUGCACCUCCUCCCCCGCUUCCAGUUCCCGAUACCCGUCGCCCUCGGACACCUGACCUGAGAAGGCGGUCCAAGAACGCACGGGGAUUCCCAGAAAUGGAACAGCGUGGUUCAUGGGAGCGCCAGAGGCCCUCAUCGGGCGCAGCGGCAGCACCACCGCCCCCGCCGCCCCCGCCGCCCGCACCGCCUCAACCACCAAUGUCGCCUUCAUUUUCUGAAGAGAGCCCUAUCUCCUCCUACACAGGCCCAGAUUCACCGGCCACCAGAACGGUGAGCUCAAGCUCGUCCUCUUCUCUAAACGAAGAGAAUGGAGUUAGGCAUUGGUCCAUAAGAGCAUUUGGUAUGCAGCUGAAUUCGUCCACAUCGUUGAUCCAAACGGGGGAUAUUACCAAAUGUUUCGGUCCCAUCAUGUCGGGUGUAAAGGAGCAUCUGGCCCAGGAGUACUACUCCUUAUUUCAUCUUGAGUUUCCUGGAAAGCCACAAUUGACUAUGUUAUUUUACCAAAGAGCGGAGGACCACCGAACGAGAAUUGUAUGCAGGGUGCGGAGUUCCAAGCGCCGCACUGUAUAUUCCACCAUACCCAUAACUUCACUACAAAUAUACCGUUCGGGUUCCUGCCUCCAACUAUGCCAAAAAGGUCCCGAUCCGGAUGAAAUGAUAGCGUGGGCGAAUCUUCAGUUUAGUUCCAUCGAAAAGAUGGUUGUUUUCUUUUGCACUUUCCUUGCGCUUCGAGGGCAGGACUCGAGUAAACCAAUUUCGAAUAUUCCUGACUACCAUUUAUGCGGCGAGUUUGAGGUUUUUGCUGGGAAAAUCGUGGACGACAAUUUCGCCCAUGCUCUUAGGGUAUUCCGGGACCACGAAACUAAAGCGGUGAGGCUACAAGCUACGGUCCUCGAUGGCGACUUAAAAAGAGUGCCCGUCUGGACGGCAUUUGUACACCCCUAUUUUCGAAAAAAGUCCUGGCUUCGAAGGACAGGACCGAAGACAGUUUAUUUGUCAGAACUACAGCGUAUAACAUUUAUCGAUUCGGAAGAGUAUAUUCCGCCACGAACUCGGGAUGGAAAGCAUGUCCUUACGUUUACGACAGACGGAGAUGCCACUGGUUUUGUUUACUACAUGGAAGACCUAAUAAGACAUACUCCUGUUCGCUGAGGUACAAGCUGUCGACCGCUUGACUGUAUAUCUGUUUGCGGCUGCAUUUCGCCAUCAAGUCGGCCAUAGAGCUUUGACUGUUCGCGGCUUAUACUGUCGAAAACUCUCAACUGGAAAACGAAAAAAAUCCUCGACAACACACAACGCAUAUCUUGACGAUUUCAUUCGCAAGCCUCCACUACAACCGGCUGAGGGUAGGAGAGCAUGCAUCGUCCUGAAAAAUAGUCUUGCCAUAAAGCCAAAACGAAUAUUCCAUUAAAGUAUAUAUCCUUUAGGACACAUGUGAUGAACCUUUAUGACUGCAUACGUUCCCCUUCCCGCCUCCCUUUUUUCUUUUUCCUCCUUUUUUUUUUUUCGGUUGGUCGAAGCUUUGGCGUAGCUUGUUACUUGAGAGGCUCAAUUUCCAACAUUCGUCGUCUUUGCUGCGUUCUAGCGCUGAUAUCGUUUUCUAGUUGGCUUGUUUGUUGAAUAUUGAUACAGCAGUGAAGGUAUUCUGUGAUAUGUAUACCCCAUUUUCUUAUGAUUUUUUUUUUCUCUUUUUCUUUAGAAUGGAA